AUGUCGAUGGUAGGUCAGGAACAAUACCAAGAGCUUGAACAGCGCAGCCUGGCGGCCCGUCGCGAGCGUCGGCUCGUCAAGGGGCUCAAUGCGAUCCUUCAAAUAGCAAUGAAGACCAUCCUCCUCUUCUACUGCGCCCUCCCGGCUGCAUUCGCCCUCACCAUACAAACCCCAGAAGCCGGCGCGUCACCCGCAGACCUGCCCUUCAACGCGGAGCAGUCACCCAACCCCGCAGACAUCGUCAAACGAUGGCUCAAAGUAGACAGUGUCCAACAACUAAACUGCCUAAACAACGGCGUCGGACAAUACGACAAGCUCUACGAUUGCGGCGGCAAUGAGGCUCCCACGAACAAUCGUGGGGCGGCCACGAUCUGA